AGAUCGAAUUGCAAAAAUUAAAGUGAAAAUCGAUAGUAUAGGGUCCAAAGAAGAACGGCCGAAUCAGUUUAAUACCGUAGCGUAGGGUGAAAAAGUCUAGUACUCCGUAUAUCACAAUCCAAAAAUAGUCAACUGAAAGGCCCCACCGCCAUACCAUGUGCCUGAGGUGGCAGCAACUCAUUGCUCAGACUAAGGGUCAUCAUUUGGCCCGAAGGCCUGCGGCCCGCCUUAAGUCCGCUCGGCCCAUCGGGCUUUUAUCCGGCCCGAGCCCGUGAAACGGGCUGCUUGCCCCGGCCCAUAGUUUGUAAUGGACGGACUCGGGCCUAUAAAUUUUUACUCGGCCCGCCCGUGAGCCCGCCCGUGGUACCGUCCAAAAGCCCACUCACUAGCCCCAAAUCCCACAAAAUCCUUUCUUUUUUCCCUUUCCUAAGGAAAUUUAAGCCCACCCGGUGGCCUGCCCAGUUUUUGGCCCGCUAGCCCGUCAAUUGGGCUAGCCCGCGGGCCGGGCUUGGGCUUCAAUUUAUAGUAGGGAGCCCGGCCGGCCCGGCCCGCAAAAAAGAAAAAGCCCGAUCGGCCCGGCCAGUGAACGGGCUUGAGAAGUACAUUGGCGGGCUGGCCCGGCCCGGCCCGAUGAUGACCCUUAGCUCAUACACCACGUCCCCAUGUGCACUCCGCUAGACUGAAUCCUCACACUAUAAAUACUCCAGCCCUGGAACAAAAAUUCUCAUUCAUCAAUCCAACCCUUUCAAAAAUCUUCUAGAAAUAGAGAUGACAGCUGAGUUCACCGAGUUCAUCCCGAGCCUCCCCGAAGAAAUCGCCCUCGUGUGCCUGACCCGGCUCAACUACACGGCCCACGGCGUCGCUGCCUCGGUCUGCCACCGCUGGCGCGAGCUCCUCCACAGCAGGGACUUCUACUACCACAGGAAGCGAACUGGGUUCACCCGAAAGGCCGCCGUCUUGGUCCAGUCGUUCCCGGUUCAGUCGGGCGGAGAGAAACCGGUUCGCUCCCCGAGCUACGGGUUGACGAUUUACGACCCCGUGAGCGGGAUUUGGGACCGGGUCGACCCGGUUCCGAAGUACCCGGAUGGGCUCCCCUUGUUCUGCCAGGUGGUGAGCUGCGAAGGGAAGCUGGUGGUGAUAGGCGGGUGGGACCCGGCGAGUUGGGAACCGGUCCGGGACGUGUUCGUGUACGAGUUCACGACUCGGAGCUGGACCCAGCGCAGGGACAUGCCUUCUAGCCGGUCGUUCUUCGCCGCCGGCGCCGUCGACGGGGUGGUGCUCGUCGCCGGCGGGCACGACGAGAGCAAGAACGCGCUGGGCACGGCGUGGGCGUACGACAUAAGGAGGGACGAGUGGACCGAGUUGGGUCGGAUGGGCGAGGAGCGAGACGAGUGCGAGGGGAUCGUAGUCGGAUCGGAGUUUUGGGUCGUGAGCGGGUACGGUACCGAGAGCCAGGGCAGGUUCAAGAGGAGUGCCGAGUCGUUCGAACGCGGCACGGGCGAGUGGAGGCGAGUCGAGGACGCGUGGGGGGUGAGUCAGUGCCCGAGGUCGUGCGCCGGAGUGGGGGAAAACGGAGGGUUUUUCAGCUGGGCGGAGUUCGACCCGGUUGUGCGGGUCGGGGCAUGCGGGGUCGAUAUGGGUGGUUGGACCUUGGUGACCGGGUCUGAGUACCAGGGUGGGCCUCAGGGGUUUUACCUGGUGGAGGGGAAGAAAGAAGGGCAGAAAGGUAAAUUGGUGAAGGUUGAAGUGCCUGAGGAGUUCUGUGGAUUUGUUCAGUCAGGUUGCUGUGUUGAAAUCUGAUUUUGUUUUGUUGUUUUUGAUGAUUUGAGAAUGAGAAUAUGUGGAUAUAUGUAUAGAGAUGUUCCAUACGAAAUGGGUCUAUACUCUUUCUAUACUACUAUACUAUAUGUACUUUUUGUUUUCUUUUGUAUUUGAUGAUGAAAGUAAUACUCCACUAAUGAGAAUGGCUUAUUCACGGAGGCGGCAAA